CUACAUCCCCCAGAGUGCUUUGCUAUGGAGCGGAUGUGACGUAAAGCAAAGCAUCUCAUCACCCGGGGAGCUGAUGGUAGACAUGCGGUAGCGAUCACAGUCAGGAUGGCUGAUGGAGCUAAAAAUGACUCUUGUCCUAGGACCCCCAUGGCAGCUGCCAGGGGCCUGGUGGGGCGCAGACCUGCAACUCCCCUCACCCCAGGCCGUCUCCCAUCUAUCCGCUCCAGGGAUCUCACCCUUGGUGGUGUCCGAAAGAAAACAUUUGCUCCGAAUAUAAUUGGACGGAAGAUUAAAGAAGAACCAAAAGAGCAAGUUUCGGUAAAAGUUGAGAGAUCUGAACGUAAUCGGGAUCGACGAGGAGAUGGAACAGGAAGGGGCAGAGGGAGGCCACAAGUUAUCCAGAGUCACUCCAUCUUUGAGCAGGGGCCAGCAGAGCAGCUCAAAAAGAAAACUGCCUGGGAUGGGCCAUCUGAUGCUGGUGAUAUUGGUCCCUCCCACAUCAUCAACAUAAAACGUGAGAAAAGGGAGACUGAAGAGGAAACUAAACAGAUCCUGCAAAUGCUGAAAAAUGACAAGUUUUUGGAUGACCCAGGUUUACGCAAUGAUGCGCAGAACCAUCCUGUACAGCUCCCGCUGGCUCAUUCUGGCUGGCUGUUUAGGGAAGAUGAGGAGGAGGAGGAGGAGGACACAAAGCCUGUUUUUCCCAAAGAAGAACAGAUGGAAGUGGACCCUUCAUCUGUCAAAGUGAAGGAAGAACCAAUGGAAGACGCUGAUGGUGUUUUAAAACUUGGCGUCCCACAGUGCAAAGCCCCUGCAGUGAAGAAGCCCCCAGAGAAGAAGGAUGUGCCGCUCCCAGAGUUGCUGGAAUCUCUGCGGAUCUCCGGAGAGGAUGUACUCUUCUUUGUGCAGCUACCGGACACUCUCCCAGGACAGCCACUUAGUCAGGAAUCUCGACCUGUUCGCAGUGAAGUUCAAACUGAGGAUGGGCACGUGUUGCUUGUCAAAGACAAAAGUCAGGAGACCCCAGCCGCAGAAGAGAUCUGUUCAUUGCGUAAUGUGUCCGAGGGACAGAUCGGAAAGCUUGUUGUGCGUAAAUCGGGCAAAGUGCAGCUUGCUCUGGGCAAAGUUACACUUGAUGUCACCUUGGGGACUUCCUCUUCCUUCUUGCAGGAACUGGUGUCAGUCAGUGUUGGGGAAGCCCGACGCGGUGAGAUGAUGGUUCUUGGACAUAUUCAGCAUAAACUUGUCUGUUCACCAGAUUUUGAAUCCUUACUGGAACAACGGCAGCAAUGAGACAUGGCUUAAAUUAGAAUAAACUGUUUAACUUAUUACUGUAUAUGCUGUGGCUGGGCCACUCAAGUUCUUCCAGAAGCUGUGGGGAAGUAGUUUGUAUCACCGAUAUACUUGGAUAAUUUUUUUAUAUCUAUAUGGUUGGAUAGUUAUAAUAAUAAUAAUAUAAUAAAGACUUUUGGAGGCAGACUAAUUUAGACAGUCUGAAAUAGCUACCUUUUUAUACAAAAUUGAAAUGUCUUUUGAAAGGAGCUGAAGUAUGAAGGGGUUGUGUGUUUUUUUUUUUUUUUUUUUUUUUCUUGUGUAGGAAUAUAGCCUUUACCUUGUGUUUAAUGCUCCUUCCUACUCCAUAAAAUAUAGUUUGUUGUAAGGUUUUCCAAAAAGAAAUUGGUCUGAAAAGUGAGGGCAUUUGGCCUCAAACUAUUGCCGCCUUCGAAGGAUCUCUAGGGAAAUCAUGGUUCUGUUUUAAAAGCCUUGUCCAUCCAAAACAGGUAUUUCAGUUUUUUGUGUAGAUCUCUUCAGGUUAAACCACCUGUCAGUUUUUUCUUUCUUUACCUUUUUUUUUUUUUUUUUUUUUUAGUUUAUUUUGGCUGUGAGAUUUUUGAUUUAAAGUUUCUAGGUCUGCUAACAAGUCACAACUGUUUUUUGACCUUUGCAAGUCGACUGUUCUUUUACGUUUAGAUGAUAAAAAAAAAUGCAGCAGGAGAAUGGAAACAUCGUUGCAAGGUGUGUAGAGACAGGAUCUCUGGUUCAGAGAUCCAGCCUCUGGAGUUUCAAAGAUUUAGGAAAUCAAGGUGAUUUGGUCAGUUGAUAUUUUAACUAAAAUAUCAGUUUGGAUGGACUGACUCUUUACUUUCAUAUUGUUAUGAUGGCUUUAUACCAUAAAUAUUUAGUCAUAUUGUCCUAAACAAAAUGUACUAUUUGCAUUAAACAAAAAAGUUGCACUGUAUAUAGUUAUCAGAUUGUGAUAUUAAUAAACUGGACCUAGAUGAG